CUUCCGCGCAGGCGCAGUGGCCUCCCUGGCCGCUUCAGACAUGGCGGCUCCACUGAGCGGCAUGUUCUCCGGGCAGCUGCCCGGGCCCCCGGGUGCCCCGCCGGGACUUCCGGGCCAGGCCUCGCUUCUUCAAGCAACGCCUGGGGCUCCGAGAAGUUCUAACAGUACCUUGGUCGACGAGUUGGAGUCAUCGUUUGAGGCUUGCUUCGCCUCUCUUGUGAGUCAGGAUUACGUCAAUGGCACUGAUCAGGAAGAAAUUCGAACAGGUGUUGAUCAGUGUAUCCAGAAGUUUCUGGAUAUUGCAAGACAGACAGAAUGUUUUUUCCUACAGAAAAGAUUGCAGUUGUCUGUCCAGAAACCAGAGCAAGUUAUCAAAGAGGACGUCUCGGAACUCAGGAAUGAACUGCAGCGGAAGGACGCGCUGGUCCAGAAGCAUUUGACAAAGCUGAGGCAUUGGCAGCAGGUGCUGGAGGACAUCAAUGUGCAGCACAAAAAGCCCCCGGAAAUCCCGCAGGGCUCCUUGGCCUUCCUGGAGCAGGCCUCUGCCAACAUCCCUGCGCCUCUGAAGCAGACGUGAGUGCGCAGGCCUGCGCGGCCGCCCCAGCGCACAGCUGUGCUGAACACGGCUCCCUGCGCCCGGCAUCCGGGAGGAGUUCUUCGUGGAGACGGAGGUGAUGCAGGUUUUAUGUUCCUGCCUGUGAUGUCCUCCUUACUGUUAUGAGCUGUUAAUUCCUUGACUACAUUACAAAAUGCCUGUAGCUUUGUUAGACCGAAUUAAGUGUCUUGUCUCCAGCACAGUUUGGAGUCAGUAUGAUGACACAGAUUCUUUCUUAUAUUUUAUUUCUAUUUUUACAUGACUUCAUUUUUGUUUCAGUUUGUUACAGGGUUACAAUCUGAGGGGAAAAAAUGACAGUAGUCUGAGAAGGUGGCCACAGGGGCUUGUCGGCCUUUCAUGGUAACUGCCCUGCUGUGGUAGUGUAGAAAAUACCCAGAUUCGCUGUUUCAAAACGGUGAACUACCUCUGAAGAGCAGUCUAAUGUAGUGGUGUUUGUAGUGGUUCCAGAACUGUGCAGGGUGCGGAUGUUUUGAAAUGUUAAAAAAAAGUGUUAAGAGAUGCGGGGUUAGUGGGGUCGUAUUUCCUUAGGCUCCUUCAGUUGAUGGUGGCUUUUAUUUGGGCUGCUUUAUAUUUGUGAGGUGUUCGUUUGCCCACUUUGGGGAGGGUGUACCAGGAGGGUGACUGCUGGAUGCCGUGAUGCCCCCGCGGGAACGAGUCGGUGUCAGGGGUGGUGGGCUCUGACUGACACCUGGGACACCUGCAGUGUGAGGAUUAAGGUUUACCCGCUUUCUCUUUGAGCUCUGCACCUUGUUUGCUUGUGCUUCGUUUUACUUGUUUGGAGCAGAGAGUGUCCAUUACAGGAAGUGUCUCAUGCAUGGAUUGGACUCCAGGGGACAAGGGCCCUGGGGUCAGAGGCACAGCCUGCAGUGACCUCACUGUCCACCUCCACGGGCCGCAUGUGGAGCCUCAGUGGUGGGGAAGGGUCUUGCCCUCUCGUUGGCUGAGGGUUUCCUCUCUUCUUUACGCCGCCCCUUACUAGGUCCCAGCAGCACUCUGCCUCUUCUGAGAAUCCACACAGCGGAGGCUCAGGGGCUGGACCGCUGUGCCCCCUCCCCGCCCUGCACUCGCCCUGCUCCAGCCUGGCGCCACCUGCUGCACAGGGCCUCGGGUCCCUUUCCCCUGCAGCCCUGGGGCACAGGACUUCUCUUCCGCGCCCGUGCUCGGGGCUCUUCUUUGUAUUGUGGACUUGUAUUUGUCCCUUUGCCCUGGCUGCAUUGUAGGCCAUAAGAUAGGCGUAACCCCCCUUGCCCGUACACGCUCCUGUAUUACUGUCUUUUAUGUGUGAGGCUUACCCCUCUCUAUAGUUGGUGCUGUGUGUAAGAUAUUGGGCCCAAGGACCUAUCAUUACCAGCCUGAGCCCAACAGACCCCCUCGGUUAGAAUAUAUCAGGGUCAGACAAAGCUCUCACAUGACAAGAUGUUAACUUUGUUAUCCCACAGACUGACCAGCAGCUUUCAAUGUCUUGAUGAAUAAUAUAAAUAUACAAGUUAAAUUUGGGGCACAGUUUUACUAGUAGAGGUGUGCGAAGAUUGGAGUUGGCACGCCUGUAAUUCCAGCACUGGGAGGCUGAGGCAAGAGGCCUGCAGGUUUGAGUCCAGCAUGGGCAAUUUAAUGA